UGAUGCUGCCAGCCAAUAGCUUUUGUUUUGUGAUGAAAACAUCUGCUUUAUCCUUUGAUAAAUCUUUGUUCUGAACCUUGUUCAAAGCAACAACUGUAGCAAUAACAGUUACUAUUUAUAGAUCGAAAGGAGAACAAUGACAUAUUGAAAUCAAGUGAACAUCAUGGCUAAAGCCAUCUCACCCAGUGCCUACUCAACAGCUGGCGUCACGAUGCGUGUGCGCAAAACUCCCCCAAGGGUCCCAGAGAAGCCAAUUAUGACAUCACGCUCGAGUAUCGGACCCAUGGAUGCUCCUGGUCUUCCUCCAUUGCCUAAAAGCUUGAGCAGUCUCCUGAAUGCAAAUCGUGGCAACUGGAGAGAGACACUUCGAAUACAGACUCAUAAGAACAUGAUUCAAGAUAAUCUUGGAGGGGAGAAUAAAUCAGCGACUCCACAACCGUCUUCUGGAGUCUCAAAGGGACCAGGAAGAGGUAGAACAAGAAGGGUUUCUGUUCCACAGGGGAAUCUAGAUGGUGCCUUGGCAGUGCUCAGAAAGGAAAUGGUGGGACUGCGCCAGCUGGACAUGUCACUUCUGAGCCAACUCUGGUCUUUACAUGAAUCCAUUCAGGAAUAUAAAGUAGUCGUUGAGACGAUGUCAUGUCUGUCAGAUAGAGAUAGUAUGGACUUAGACAGUGAAGAUUUGCAAUCAUUGAGUCCUCUAAGCCCAGGAUUACUGUCUCCUAGUUCAUCAUUGGUGUGAGAUCUCAAUCAGGAUUACUUGCUCCUAGUUCACCAUGGUUCAUCAUUGGUGUGAAUAAUGAGAAAGCUGCUCUCAGUUAGGAUUACUGGCUCCUACAUCAUUGUUGUGAGUAAUCUCAAUCAGGAUUACUGGCUCCUAGUUCAUCAUUGGUGUGAGUAUUGAGAAAGUUUGCUCUCAUGUAGGAUUACUGGCUCCUAGUUCAUCAUUGGUGUGAGUAUUGAGAAAAGAUUGCUCUCAUGUAGGAUUACUGGCUCCUAGUUCAUCAUUGGUGUGAGUAUUGAGAAAGCUUUUUCUAAUUUAGGAUUACUGGCUCCUAGUUCAUCAUUGGUGUGAGUGUUAAGAAAGUUUUAACUUCAGCUAAGUAAUAUUAAUCUGAUAUGAAUUAAUCUUUUAUUCUUACACCGAUGUAUUUUCAAAACUAAUCUUAAUUGUAAGGUGAAUAGGUGAACUAGUCGUUGGGUUUUCUGCAGCAUGCGUGAUACCACACACAUCAAUGCUGGGUGAACAUAAAUAAAUAUCCUUUGUCCCCCCUAUCCAAAAUACAAUUGAUAUGCCAAUACGGUUAAUAUGUACUUAGUGAGAAGUUCAUUGUAUCCAUGCCCACUUAUCACAUCUCACCUCCAACAACUAGGCCUAACAGAAGCCCAUAGGAAAUGCAAUGACCACUUUCUAGUUUUAUAAACUGCUGUGGACACAUUCAAAGUUGCGGGAAGGAAAAAUUGUUAAAAUGGAUCCACAUCUAAGAGUUGUUAAAAAUUGUUUGCUUGAGAAAAAAAAUCUGCAAGAACAAAUUUUCAAAGUUUUUACUGAUUGUUGAAUGGAUGCUUAACUUGUGUGAAAUAUUAGAGAGUAGAGCCCGGUUCAUACUUUGUGCAAAUGCAAGUGAUUUUUGGGGUCUCUGUUUUCGCAGCGAAUAUUUCAAAGGUGUUGAGCACAACUCAACUGUGCGAGUUUUUGACGUCAAAAUUCAAAUCGCAUUCGCAUUCGCAUUCUCAGGAAGUAUGAACCGGGCUUUAGACUGUGAACAGUACUGAAGUUUGCAGGCAAAGUUUUGUGUGCACUUAUUUAUAAAAACUAAACUAAAGGAAAGUUAUGAAUAAGUGUUUUAUAAGUUAAAGAGCACCACUUACAGUAUGACAUUUGCUAUGAAGACCUUACCUCUACGUGUAUUUUUUACUAGAUUAUCUUAACAAUUUUGAAAGUACAGUUGUCUGGAUUUGAGUGAUAAUUGCUUUUAAAGCUAGUUAUUUUGGUGUGCCACAUAUUGCCCAAGUAAGAGGUACCUUAAAGGCAGUGGACACUAUUGGUAAUUAUUCAAAAUAAAUAUUAGCAUAAAACCUUACUUGGUGAUGAGU